CACUUUAAAAGCCAAUAAAGUAUGCGUUCGAAAGGGAUUUUGACAAAUGCUUACAAUUUUACUUAAAUUUCAAUUAUUCAGGUAGCAUUUAUUUUUUUUUCAAAAUGACUUGUUUUCGGGAGAUGCGUUUUGAUGAUUUAUUCAAAAUUAAUUCUUUAGUUUUCGAUGCACAAACGGAGGUGUAUAGCUUGACCUUUUUUAUCAAGCAUUUGCUGAAAUUUUCAGGACUUACACAGAUUGCUGAGGCUCCUAAUGGCAGACGAAUGGGCUAUAUAUUUGGGUACCUGGCUGAGCAUAAUAAAGAACCAUAUACCCAUGUGGCCUCAUUGACUGUAUCUGCGGAAUAUCGACGCAUUGGACUGGCCACCGCAUUAAUGGAUUACUUUUUUCUGAAGUCCGAUCUCAAAGGAGCAUCAUUUGUCAACCUCUUCAUGCGAGCCGGCAAUGAUGCUGCCUAUCGACUGUACUGUUCCUUGGGCUAUGCUCAUUGCAAAACUUUAAUGGACUACUACGCGGAUCGCCCGGAACCAGAGAAUGCCUACGAGAUGAUAAAGUACAUACCCCGCUCCAUGGAGCUUUAAUACGAAGAACUUCCGCGGUGCCAACACCAUGUGUUUUCAAUAUAGAUUUUAGUUUCUUUCAAACUAAACAGCUAAUUAAAGAAAUUCAAUUGAGGUGAAUUUUAAGGAAAGAUCAGUUUCCGUUGACGCACAGAGGCUAACUAUUGGUACGAAAUUAGACAAAAUGUUUAAUAGGGCGGACCUCAAAAGUAUGAAAAUGGGAUUAGAGCCAAUUAUUACUCAUACGUAGUGUUGGCAUUUUGUCUUUUGCAAAAAUACUUUUGAUACAGGUUUCUAAUAGUAUUUACAUAU